AUGCUGUAUCUAGUGAUCAUACUGACGCUCUUUAUCGAUGGUAGCAAGGAGACCUGCCCAACUAUAUGCCAGUGUAAUUAUCACUCAACAGACGACCCAACGCUCCGCUACACUAGUAUCAGAUGCCAUAGCUACACAGACAAUAUCACCAGUCUCUUCGAAAACACUACGAGACAGCUAGAAAUUAGUAAUAUAGACGAUGAAUCUUUCUCAGCGUUGCUUUCGGACAUCACCGACCUCAAAUCAGAGUUGCCGUUUUUAUCCGAUCUGACAAUAAGCAGCAGCGAGUUGAUACACAUGAAUGCGAGUGCGGAAACAUCAAAAUGGAUCCGCUCGUUGACGUUGAUUGAUAACGAACUGAGAGACCUUCCCGGGUUGUUUACCAACCUAUCCGCCCUCGAGACCUUAGAUCUAUCGCGAAACGGGAUGAACACAAUUGAGACAGAAUCAUUCAGGACUCUCAGAGCAUUGAUUAUUCUAAACAUCAGUUCCAAUGGGUUGGAAAGUAUUAGUGAUGACGGUCUCAAUGGAUUGCGCAAUCUGAAGUGCUUGGAUCUAUCGAAGAACAACUUGACUUUACUAGCCGACAGUUCGUUUCACGAUUUAUCAUCGCUUCAAUAUUUGAACCUGAGUAAUAACCACUUGAGAGUGCUCAAUGACACGAGCUUCGUGGGAUUAGUGCAACUGCAACAACUAGACCUAUCCUGGAAUAUACUGUCGCAAGUGGACCCUGGCUCACUACAGCUGCCCUGCCUUACCCGUCUGUUGCUCACCGGUAACACGCAAUUAGGAAAGGCACGCGAUGCUGCUGUGUUGGUCGGGACGGGUCGCAAAUUACAGACCGUUGACGCAGCACGAACAGGACUCAAACAGGUGCCCGCUGCUUUGACGCCUUCCAUACGCUCUCUACGCUUGGCAGACAAUGGAAUUCGAUCGGUGAACUGCGGGGACUUGGACUCCUACCCGCUGCUGCAGCUGCUAGAUUUGACUGGGAAUGAAUUGGAUGCGGUGGAAGAAGACGCUCUGGGACGUCUGGAGUCGCUAGCUGUUCUCUAUCUUACUGACAAUAAUAUAUGCGAGGUGCCGAGAAGCCUUCCAGAGAAUCUGAAAGCUCUUCACCUCGAGCACAACGAGAUUGAGAAAGUGUCGUGCAGGGAUCUCCAGGGACUAGCAGAUCUGGAAGUGCUUGCGCUCAGCGACAAUAAAAUUAGCAUGAUAGAAGAGGGUGCUUUUGGCCAGUCCGUUUCCUUGGCGUCUCUGGAUUUAUCUAGGAAUCCACUCGUCAUCUUGCCACCCGGUAGCCUCACUGGCCCUCGCGCUCUACAAGUGCUCCGACUGUCUUUCAUGCGAGUCGUCUCUCCUAGCGGAGAUAAUAAUUUUCCACUGUCCACCCCCGACCGUUUGGUGACUUUGGAUUUAUCGGACAGUCCGGGACUGGCCAGACAACUGCUGGCCGACACAGCUACCCUGGCCGCUUCCAAACAGUUGCAAGAACUCGACGUGUCUGGGACGAAUUUGGAGUCCGUUCGAUCGGAUUUGCUACAUUUCCUGCCUCAAUUACGCACACUGCAUAUUAAACGGAACCGGCUGAACUGUUCCCAAUUACAUUGGCUAGGGACGUGGUUGAGACGACUGGAUGAACACGAAUAUAGAGACGUUUUAUGCGCGAGUCCUCCGCAGAUGUGGGGCAUUCCCUUAAUUGAUAUUCAAGUGGAGGAAUCAACUACUGUGGAUGACGUGACGAAGAGCCCGCAAGUCGCGGAAAGACGUUCAUGGAAAACAAUAUCGAAAAGGAUCGUUGCGGUGCCUCAGCAGAACGAUUUAUUCAAAAAUAAGGCGGUGCAGGCAUCAAAUAUGGUCGACAAGAUGCUGAACGGUAUUAAUGAGACAGGUAAAGUAACAAUUACCGAAACUUCGACUCCCUUAGAACUUGGCGAGCUGUCAACUCAAAAUGCUAAUGAGACGGUCCGAAGUAAUAGGGCGCAUCAACUCGGCUUGCCGUCUAGAGAUUUAUUCAUCGCCCACGAAGAAGAGACUUUUAAUGACCCUGUCGGCGCAGAAAAACGAAAUGGAGAGUCGAAGACGGCUAGCGAACGGUCGAUCGAUCUGGCACCGCAGGAAGACGUGCCCGCAGGAGAGAUGUCAAAGUACACCAACGACAAAGGGAGUGACAGGCUGCUCCUGCAUCCUGGAUUGCUGAUUUUAGCGGUUGGGGUGGCGGUGGCGGUGGCAUGCGUAGCGACGUUGGCGGUGAGGUUCGUCAGGAACAGGAGGUCUUAUCGGCAGGAAGACAUCGAGGUGACUAGCUUGCCGACUAUUUCCGAUUUGUGGUGA